CACACACAUAAAACAGCUGUUCGUGCUGUUUAAGUAAACGUGACCACGAGUUCAAAAUUGUUUAGAAAUUUAUUAUAAUGGCAAGGAAACGUAAAAUACCCGUGAGAAAGCAUCAUGGAGUACGCGAUCCACUGCAACAAAUCGAACAGAGGGAGAAGAAACUGGCCAAUGUGACGAACAAUCCGCCCACGCAGCAGGAUGAUCAACACGGCUCUUACAAUUUUAAACAGUUUAAGAAAAUAGCCGAUGCCGCCAAGGAGGGAAAGAAACUGAAAAUGGGCUGUGUGGGUAAAGAGGAUAUACCAAAAGCCACGGGCAAAAAGAAGGCACAGCCAGUUGUAGGCAACAGACAUGCAAACAUUAAACAGUUAGCCGAUGAAACGGAUGAAGAUUAUCUACGUCGUGUCAAUCGCAUAACUAGCGCAUCUCUAAGGGAAGCCCAAUACGAGGCCAAAUAUGGUGUAAAUGUCAUACGCAAUCCGACAACAGGCGAAAUAACCCUUCAAAAGCGACCCAAAAAUGAGAUUGACGAACUUCUCAAGCAAAAGCAAAAGGAACGACGACAGACCAAGAAUGGACGCAAGAAAUCAAAUGCGACUGUGAAGAAUACCAUGGAUGCCAAGACGAGCAAGGAGCUCAUUAAACGAGCAUUCAAGGAGGCUGAUGUGGAAGAUGACCAAGAGGUUGCUGGGCCUACAGAGUACAAACGAGAUGUGUUCAAAUUUGGGGAGAUUGUUCAUGCCCCGCCCACUCUUAAGACGCUGCCACGCAAGGCGAGCAAAAAUGAGACUGUUCCUCGGCCCGGCCGUAAAGCAAAUCUACUGCUCAAAUCCAUAAUGGACCCAGCCACAACAUCAGAGACAACUUCGUCAACAUCGCCCGCAAAUUCCAAAAAGAAAUCUGCCCUUAAGAAGAAGAGUACGCCAACGAAGUUGCAGUUGAAGGGAAAGAGAAAAGAUUUGCCUGCCGCAACACGCAAUAUGCUGGAGGGGGAGAGGAGCAAGAUGAUUGAUUUAUAUCGGCAGCUGAAAAAAGAACAGAACCAGAAUCAGACGACAUAGACAUACAUAGCAUAGUUAACAUUGUUGUAAUGUUUAUUUAUCUUUUAUCAAACAUUCAACCUUGCAAGAAAAAACAAUAACAAUAUAGUACAAUA